UGAGUCACUGCUUAGAGACUGAGGCUGGCAUUUGACCAAAUUGUAGGAGGGAAGAAAUGGGGAAAACACGCAACUGGGGAAGAAAAAUAGUUUUUUUUACUCUUAUGGCAAGGCAUCUUGCAUCCUGAUAGGCUUCAUCUGGUGUUCCCAUAUAGACCAGAAUAAUGUUUAUUUGUGUUUUGACUUUUAAAUUAUUCCCAUAGGGCUUUGCAUUAGUCUGUAUAGCUUUAAGGAUGACCCAUCCCCCUGUCCAGCAGCCACUAUGUCCCGUCACUUACCCUGAAAUACACUACAGUGCUUGUCAGGCUUUCUGUUUGCAGAUGUAUGAUAAGCCAAGAAGUGAGCUAUAAUAGCGGCGCUGAACUUCCAAACUCUGGAAGGACUGACUAGGCAUUGGCUCAGCACUUGGAUGUCAACUGUUUGCAUUCAGAAACAGGUUAAAAUGGCAGCAGGAGUACCACACAUGCAAAUGAAAAUUGAUCCACAGAAUCUGCAGAUUCAAACACGUACUGUGGAGAAGUUGCUGGAGCCUCUCAUAAUUCAGGUCACCACCUUAAUGAAUUGCCCUCAGAACCCUUCAAACAAGAAGAAAGGGUGUUCAAAAAGAGCCCGUGUUAUCCUUGCUUCUGUUGAAGAAGCCACCUGGAACUUGCUGGACAAAGGGGAGAAGAUUGCUAAGGAGGCCCCAGUGUUUGUGGAUGAACUGAAUGCUGCGCUUCAUGAUGUUCGCAAAGAAAGUGAAGCUUUAAAGAUAUCAGCAAAAACUUUCACAGAUGAUCCCUGUUAUGUUCCUAAAAGGGAGGCAGUUGUCCAAGUAGCACGUACACUUCUGGCUGCUGUUACAAGACUCCUUAUUCUGGCAGAUAUGAUUGAUGUCUCAUACCUGUUGCAACAUCUGACCACAGUUCAAAGAACAUUUGAGUCUCUUCGGAAGGUCUCUACUAGAUCUGAAAUGCAGAAAAUAUAUAAAAAUCUUCAGGGAGAAUUGAAAAAGCUGGACCAUUUGGCAUGCAAGCGACAACAGGAUUUAAAAUCCAACAAUCAACGAGAUGACAUUGCAGCGGCACGUGCCUCUCUGAAGGAAAAUUUGCCUCUUCUCCAUUCAAUUUGUUCGGCUUGUUUGGAACAUUCAGACAUCAUGUCUCUUGCAGCCAGCAAGGACUCCGUUUGUAAUGAAAUACAGAAUGCUCUUGAUGUCAUUUCUAAUGCUUCUCAAGGAAUCGGAAAUCAAAAAGUGCAGCCCAUACCACAGGCAGCAACUCUUGGAAGUGCCCUUGAUGAACUGGAGAAUGUGGUCACCUUGGAACCUCUUACUGUCAAUGAAGAGAAAAUAAGGCCAACACUAGAAAAGCGUUUAGAAGCAAUUAUCAGUGGUGCUGCUUUGUUAGCAGAUUCUUCAUGCACACGUGAUCUUCACCGUGAGCGUAUCAUCACAGAGUGCAAUGCUAUUCGCCAGGCUCUCCAAGAUCUCCUUUCCGAAUACAUGAAUAAUGCUGAUAAAAAAGAAAGGAGCAAUGCCUUGAAUACUGCAAUAGAUAACAUGUGCAAGAAAACAAGAGACCUCCGGAGACAGCUUCGCAAAGCCAUCAUUGAUCACAUCUCAGACUCUUUCCUGGACACAACUGUUCCACUUCUAGUACUCACUGAAGCAGCUAAAAAUGGAAGAGAACAGGAAAUAAAGGAAUAUGCUGCUAUUUUUAAAGAACACACAUGCAGACUGAUUGAGCCUAUAUAUACAACAUUGUUCAGGUGUCAUGGGCCCUGUUGUCUGCCCACUUUCUCUCUUCUCCAGCUCUGCAUGGCACAAUAUCUGCAUGGGAACACUGACAACCCUCUUUGGGUGGCUAAUCUUGCUUGUUCAGUAUCAACAAAUAAAGAAGGAAUUAAAAUUGCUCAAACAGCUGCCAGUCAGAUGGAGACUUUGUGCCCACAGGUGAUCAAUGCCGCUUUAGCUCUUGCAGCCCGGCCCCAAAGCCAAGUGGUGAAAAGCAACAUGGAGAUAUAUAGGAGCACAUGGGAGAAACACAUACGAGUGCUCACUGAAGCCGUGGAUGACAUUACAAGCAUUGAUGACUUUCUUGCGGUAUCAGAGAGUCAUAUCCUUGAGGAUGUCAACAAGUGCAUCAUUGCACUGAGAGAACAAGAUGCUGACAAUUUAGAUCGUGCAGCUGGUGCCAUCCGAGGGCGUGCAGUAAGAGUGGCUCACAUUGUUUCUGGUGAGAUGGACAACUACGAGACUGGUGCUUACACUGAAGGAGUGAUGAGAAACAUCCAAUAUCUUACAAAUGCUGUGAUUCCAGAAUUUAUUACACAAGUCAAUACAGCACUGGGAAAUUUAAGCAGAAAUACAAUUCACCUAUUUGAUGACAAUCAGUUUGUUGACAUCUCUAAGAAGGUCUAUGACACAAUUCAUGAUAUUAGAUGUUCAGUUAUGAUGAUUCGGACACCAGAAGAACUAGAAGGCAUGUCUGAUCUUGAAGAUGACUAUGAUGCACGCAGCUGCACCAGUAUUCAAACUGAAGGGAAAACAGAUAGGGCAAAAAUGACUCAGUUGCCAGAGGCUGAGAGAGAAAAGAUUGCCGAACAAGUGGCUGACUUUAAGAAAGUCAAGAGUAAGCUUGAUGCAGAGAUUGAAAUAUGGGACGAUACCAGCAAUGACAUCAUCGUUUUGGCUAAACGAAUGUGUGUAAUUAUGAUGGAGAUGACAGACUUCACAAGGGGCAGAGGGCCAUUGAAGAAUACAUCAGAUGUGAUUAAUGCAGCAAGAAUGAUCUCAGAGUCAGGAUCAAGAAUGGAUAUGCUUGCGAGGCUCAUUUCUAACCAGUGUCCAGACCCAUCAUGUAAGCAGGACUUACUGGCUUAUCUGGAACAAGUCAAACUGUACUCCCACCAGCUCAAGAUCUGCAGCCAAGUCAAAGCUGAAAUACAGAAUUUAGGUGGAGAGCUCAUCGUGUCUGCAUUGGACAGUGUGACUUCACUAAUUCAGGCUGCCAAAAACCUGAUGAAUGCUGUGGUGCAGACAGUGAAGAUGUCCUAUAUUGCCUCUUCGAAGAUUAUCAGAAUUCAAAGUCCUGCUGGCCCACGACACCCUGUGGUGAUGUGGCGGAUGAAGGUUCCAGAAAAGAAGCCUUUGAUUAAGAGAGAGAAGCCGGAGGAAAUCUAUGCAGCUGUCAGGAAAGGUUCAGCUAAGAAGAAAAUCCAUCCCGUUCAAAUCAUGAGUGAAUUUAGGGGAAGGGAAAUAAACUGAAAUUAUUAUUCUGUUCACUGCACCGGUUUCCUACACCAAGAGGCUGUUGAUUUAAUAUAGUUCUUUGGACACCUCUUUAAUUUCCUAAGUACAACACUUCCGUGGUUCACAUUGUCCUACUUUGUAUGUUUUACAUUUACAGUGUGAUAGGGUGUUUCAUUUUGAUGUGGUGAAGCAAGUAUAUUCAGUUUUUCAAACCACUUUUCAGUUAUUCCUCCACAUCUUUUAAGAUUAUUUCUUUCGUAUGCUUUUCAUGUUGAUCACUCACUAUUUAUAUAAUGAAUUUAACAAUGUGGAGCACGGUGUUAGCAAAACACUGAAUUUGGUUGUUUUAAUGAUGGAACACAUUGAGACACAUUUAAUACUUAAUAGUAUUUGAUGUAUACCUUCAAGUUGUUCAAGGCAAUUUAUGUGCAUUAUUUCCCAGUAUUUCUCUAAAACACCAUAUCUCUGUUGCAGUGUAAGGCUGAGUCAUGGAAUGUCAUAAAUAGAUUUCAUGGUUGCAGCUUUGACUGAGAGACUUCACUGUUCAUGCUCCCAUGCACUGUGGUAUAGUAGUUUCCAUAUUUGCACUUGUGACUAUAUAUUUAUAUAAUUAAUAUGACCAGAUUUUUGUACACAUUACCAAUUAGUGGUCUAUGUAGACUGGGUGUUCUUCAAAUAUUAAGUAUCACCAAAAGGACAAUGACUGGAUUUACUGUAUAAGUCAUGAAAAUUUGAAAAAAAAGUCUUUCAGGAACAGAAGAAAAGUAUUUGUAUUUUAAAGCUUAAUUUCUUCUCUCUGUUCAUAACUAUCUUUUAAUAUGAAACUUAUUGACUCGCCCAACAGAUACCCCACUAUUUUGUCCACUCUUUUGUCAAAAACUACUCUUCCUACUUAGCGGUGAACAAUAUUUAACACUAGAGGCAAACAGAAACUUUAACUACCUUUUCAUGAGCAAUAAAAACAGCCAUCAAGGUAAAAGGAAUUUAAAUUUGUAACUUUAUGAGAGAAAGAUAUUAUAACAUUGCAUCUUGAGCCUGAUAAAUGCAUCUCCCCUACUUACUCCCCCCACCCUCUUUGAAAGCUUCAUUUUGCAGAUCUUUACUAGUGGAGGAAUUGCUUAUGAUGGACAAUGGUUGGUUAAUUGAUGCUGUUAAAUGAUGGAAUGAUAAAAUCAUAUAGGAAUUUCUUUCACAAGCUGUUCACAUCUGUCUCCUCUCCAUGAUUUAUCCAUACCUUGCUAUUGACAGGAAAAAAACCUGUGAAUAGCUUGCAGUCCUGCAAUGUUCCUAUCAUCUUCUUGCAGAAGUGCAAGAAUGUGGGUUAUGCAAGCAUACAGAAGUACUAUGGUGAGAUAUCAAAGGGAUACAUUCUGGUAUGUAAUCUCAAUCUAUGGACCUUUUUACACGGCCCUUUCAGGCCAUGCCAUUUUGCCAAAAGUUGCCAGUGAAAGAGGAGGCAUGUGGGGUGGCUCGUGUCACCCUGUGCACUCUCCCUCCUUCCCUCGUCAUACGGUGGGGACCCUGUCCCUGUUCCCAUCAGAUGGGAUUAAUGGCAGCAACGCAAGUUGCCUCACUGCCUUUUCAUCAUCAUACGGGGUAAAAAGGGAGAAAAAUGCAGGUAGCUCCAUUGGAGCUACCCAAAACAGGCUUUCCUCCCCAUAGUGGUGAAGGAAGUGAAAGGCAAACCCCAUCCAAGCCACCAAUAAAAGCAGCAAAAUGGGGCUGUUUUGCCCCAUGUGAAGAGAUCCUAUAUGUAGGAUCCACUAUGUAACACAAUUUUUGUUCCUGAGUUAUAAAUAUCAUUUCCUAAUUGGUUCCUUCAUAAAAACAUGGAAAAGGUCGAUGGUAUCGAAAGCCGCUGAGAUGUCCAAGAGAACCGACAAGGACAGACUCCCCCUGUCUAGUUCUCUGCAGAGGUCACUCACCAAGGCAACCAAAGCUGUCUCCAUACUGUGACCAGGCCUGAAACUAGACUGUGAUGGAUAAAGAUAAUUGGUUUCAUUCAAGAAUCCCUGGAGCUGAGAAGCCACCACUUGCUCUAGAAUCUUGUCCAAAAAGGAGGGAUUAGAAAUUGGCUGGUAGUUGUUCAAAACUGAGGAAUCAAGGGAUGCCUUCUUCAUGGUUGGUCUCACUAUUGCCUUUUUUAGGCUGGAUGGUAGUUGUCCUUGAUCCAACGAGGCAUUUAUAAUCCUUGAGAACCACUUGGAUAAUCCCUCACUGGCAAGUUUGAUAAGCCAGGAUGGGCAAGGGUCUAAAGCACAUGUGGUCACUCUCGCCAUUCCAAAUAAAUAUCUCCUCAAGUCUCAACCAAUUCAACAUAGUUCGUGGCAGUCACAAAAGCAAAGUUUCUUGAGUAUAACUACUUUCAAAGGAAGUACCACACAGUCACACAGUAAAUAACACUUUCAAACCAGGAACAGAUUUUUUCUAAUUUUGUUACAUAAAGUAAUAGCAUGACUUCUGUGGAAUAGCAGUUUUGUGCAAUAAUGUCCAUGGUGUCAUAUCAUCAGAGAACAAGAGAUAAUGGAAAGAAAAAAAAAACCACACACACACACAAUGUAAUUCUCCAUAAGACAACAGAUAAAUAGCAAGCACAUUUCACCAGAAGUACUGAAAGGUGUCAAUAUUUAUUGUCAAAAAGAAAAUAUUUGUUUCAAUUUUAUCAAGAAUCAAAAUGAAUAGAAAUAUCACUUUCUGGACAGAGUAUGAAAAUUGCGGUAAGCACCAUUUAGCUGUUGCUUUCUAACUCUUUUGCAAUAUUUUCUUUCUCAAUUAUCUGCAGGAUUUAUUGUAAUAAUGAUAAUAUAUCCCAUGCUCACUAAAAUCCUUAAUAUGCUUUUGCAACAAAGAUUUUUUGCAUAUACACAUUAAAAUCACUGCAGUUUCUGACACUAAAUUUGUGGAAUGGUAACAUGGAAAAACAUCUAAAUGGGAUGUGAUGAGCCAUAUUAAAGUAACAGUGCAGGAAUAAACUUCUUCUUCCCUGUGAUGCCCUAGUUCUCAAAAACUGACAAUUUGAGGAAAGAAAUUGCUUAGCAAAUUAGUAUAUUAAUGGAUUUCAAAGUCUACAGUGAAGAUGAAAGGGCUUUGAAAUCUAUGAUUAUCAAAUAUCUAGAACAAAGUCAGUUGUACUGCUGUGGACUGUCUUCAUUCUUCUAGCACUUUAGUUCUCUCAGGAUAUGGGCCAAUGUUAUUUUAUGAGUGCCUCGAAUAUCAUUAUUCUGAAUGCCUUUAUGCCUUUACCUCUCUUCCUCCUCUCUGUUCUCUUUGAAUGAAACAUAAGACCAAAGGGCAGGUUAGACAAAUAUUCUGUUUUCAAUGGCCAAUCUGAGAUGCAUAUCUCCUCUAAAAUUGGAGGCAAUGUAUACCCAUUAGGACUAUAGCUGUAAAAUUUCCAAAUAUUUUAAAGACAAUGUGAGAGAGUGGUGAUUUGGUUUUUGAUUGGGGGAGAAAUAAAUUAAGAUUUGGAGAAAAUUGGAAUAUAUAUAUCUAUAUAUCUAUAUCUAUCUAUCUCUCUCUCUCUCUCUCUCUCUCUCUCUCUCUCUCUCUCUCUAGAUAUAUAUAUAUAUAUAUAAUAGUGGAUCAAUAGUAUCCACUGAGAUUUGGUUCCAGGACACACACAUACAUCUGUGGAUACCAAAAUCUGUAGAUACCAAGAUUUAAUUAUAUAUAAUGACCUAGUAAAACGGUGUCCCUUACGUAAAAUGGCAAAAAAUAAGUUUUCAUUUUUUUCAUUUUUUUAAAAUAAUUCAAGCCAUGGAUUGUUGAAUCAAUUAAUGCAGAAUCCCUGGAUAGGCCGCAUCAAUUGUAAAAAAAAAAAAAGGAGCAAAAAUGCAUACUAAAAUACAUGAAAAGAAAUGGAGAAGAAUGAAUAUUAAUUUUUAUUCCAGGUGUAACAACACAUUAAUGUUUGAGGUCAACUGAAUGUGAGAGGAGGGGAAAUGAAAGAAAUUGGUUAGAUUCAUGAUUUGGGGUCUCGGUCCUUGCUAACUAAACUGAGUUAAUAAGUUUUCAUGUCACAGUAAGUACGGUAAUGUUAAACUGAGAUUUAAAGUUCUGUUCAAGCAUGCCUAAACAAGAAUGCAGAAUCCAUAGAUAUGGAGGGCUUGUUGUAUUUACUACUUACUUCCUGAUCUUAUUUUACUGCUUUAAGUAUUAUCCAUUAGGACAGGAUGUUUUAGUGUUCCAAAAUCAUGUUUUGUUGCCCAAUCUAUAUGGAAUCAGAAAUGAAUUAAAUCUGUAUUUUGUAGCAUUACAACCUUUAACAGUUAGAAAUAAUUUCUACACAUUACAAUGAUUUUUCUAUGUAGUUUUUCUCUGAAAACAUUGUGUCCCAUUGUGCAACAGGAGACUAAACAAGCCAACCUGAGACAAAUUGUUUAAAUUCACUAGGAGAGUUGUGAAUCAUGUCUGGGAUACAGCUACUUAUUUUAAAGCUACAUGAUAUAAUCUGUGAUACAGCCUCUUGACCAAGAUUUAGGCUGGUUGUUGUUUUUGGUUUUGACUGUAAAUGUUUGACUUGGAACACACUUGGAUCUAGACACACAAAAAGUCCUUUGGACAGCUGACAUUUUUAUAUUCCACAAUACAUUAGAAUAUUUGUUGUUUCUAAAAUUGUUAUUGAACGAGAAAUAACCACAACAUGCACAUUUAAGGUCAGUUUCGGGCAUAAUUUUGAAACUUACAGAACAAUGUAUUUGUUUAUUUAAAUUUAUUUCAAACCACCUUUUUAGGGUAAAAGCCCACCCAGACCAUGUUACACAAACAAAUCCUGCAUCUGUUUACUUAGAAGGAAGAUCAAUUUUAUUUGGUGACCCUUACCUUACUCCCCAUAGACAUGCAUAGAAUUCAUUGAGGCCUCAUAAAUAUGAAUGCACAAAAAAACCCUGCCAAUGUUACUAGAGUGAGAGAAAGUGGGUGGCAAACUGCUGUGCCCUGUGCUACUUAACCAAACAUGCUUGGCAUAUGAGAUACAUGACAUUUGAAAACAGAAACCAUAUUUUGUAUAAAACAGAGGGUACAUCUGCACUUACCAUGUAGGUCAAUAUAAAUCCAACAAGGACAAAGCAGUUCCGAACUCUGGAUGGUUAGGGUGUUGUGUGAUUUCCAGGCUGUAUGGCCGUUUUCUAGCACCCCAGUGAUUCCAGCCGUGUAAGUCUUCGACAAUGUCCUGGGUUAAAGCCCUUGCUGCACACAUUCAUAGUGUCAGGAUGCCACAGACUGGCAUUGAAGAAUAGGCCAUUUGAGUCAUUCUGACAUUUCAGAAUGUGGGGAGAAGAAGGGGAGAGUUGAUAAAGCCAUCUGGCUCGGCUGAUGUUUUGAGAGCCAGGCUGGGAGAAUCAAAAGUAGAGUGCGAGGAAGGGGGGCUGGUGUGAAGGAGGGUAUAAAAGCUGCCAUGAUGAUUGUGGGUUAGAACCGUCUUGCUUGUUUUCUCAUGGUCAAGAAUAAAGUGUAUCCAGUGUCCUGAA